GUAGGAGGCGAUGGAAAACGGAUCAUACAGAAAUGAAAUUCUCAGGAUUGAAGGAUUGCGGAUCACACAGUACUCUGCUUAUCCAGUGUUUAUUCUUCUUUUCUUGACCUAUCUGUUCAUUAUGGUAUCUAACCUUGGCAUUGUCAUGAUGAUAGUAGUGGAGAAAGCUCUUCACAAACCAAUGUACCUUCUUUUCUGUAACCUCCCUGUGAAUGAUGCACUCAAUGCUACUGUUGUACUGCCUGGUUUACUCAAAGACAUUCUGGCUGAAUCUGACAGGUAUAUCAGCUAUGCCGCUUGUGUAAUUCAAGCCUUUGGGGUUCACUCAUUCAAUACGAGUACACACACUAUAUUAAUAAUCAUGGCUUUUGACAGGUACGUGGCCAUAUGCAACCCGUUAAGAUACCACACCAUAAUGACUAACAAAAUGGUUGUAAGGCUAUCUGUAAUAGCAUGGGUAGCUGCUAUUGUCCCAGUUAUAAUUUUAUUGGCCCUAACUAUAAGGCUCUCUCAUUGUACUUCAACGAUAUUAAAUCCCUACUGUGACAAUCCUUCUCUGUUUAAACUUUCUUGUGACAAUCUGUCUGUAAAUCAGAUCUUUGGGUUAUUUAUGUCUGCUGUGAUUUGGAUUAUCUCGGUAUCAUGUAUCAGUCUUACUUAUCUAAAGAUUGCACAUGUUUGUCUAAAAAAUCAAAACAGCACACUGAAGAGCAAGGCUAUAAAAACAUGUAGCACCCAUCUGAUUGUGUAUCUCAUUCACUUUGGAUGUUCCUGUACUGUAAUUAUUUUGCACCGUUUCUCAGCUUAUGAAGAACUUCGAAAUCUGGCCAGUAUCUUAAUUUGUGUCAUUCCUACAAGCCUCAACCCUGUCAUAUAUGGCCUUCAAACCAAAGAAAUAAGACACUGGAUUGAGCAGAUCUUCCUGAGAAGGAAAGUGAUUCCAGGAUGAUUUCCUUAUAUAUAGAAAAUAUACAAUAUAUGUAUUGCUCUGGCAUAUGAAUGCAGUGUUAGA